GCUCACACUGUUGAAUAGCUAGCUAGCUAGAAGAACACUCCACUUUCGUGUUCACCUCCGACGAGCUCGCUCGCUCGCUCAUGGGUCACAUCCCCUUCACCUGGCUACCCAUGAACCCCGACGCCGCCGCAGCAACGCUCACCGCCGACGCCGCCGUCCCGGCCGCACCUAUCCCUAUCCCUACCCCUACCACCACCACUGAUGCCGCCGCCAUGCAACACUACUACCUCAACUCGUGGCUGCACGCAUCUCUUAUGCAGCCGGCGGUCGUCCAAACCGCCACCGAGGAAGCAAGGCGGCGCCAGGACCAGGAGGAAGAAGCUGCAUCCAUCCGCCUGGUCCACCUCCUCAUCACCUGCACCGGCGCCAUCCAGGCCGGUGACUACUCCGUCGCUCACGGCAACCUGACUGAGGCACGUGCGAUCCUCAAGAAGAUCCCGACUUCAACCGGCAUCGGCCGUGUAGGCACCCACUUCACCGACGCGCUCGCGCAGCGCCUCUUCCCGGCGUACCCGCACGCGGCAGCGCUACCGUCGUGUUUGCCUCCUGCAACGCCGCCGGCGACCUACAACCAUUUCUACGACGCAGGGCCGUACCUCAAGUUCGCCUACUCCGCGGCAAACCGAGCCAUCCUAAAGGCGUUCGAGGGUUGCAAACGCGUGCACAUCAUCGACUUUGCCCUCAUGCAGGGGCUCCAGUGGCCGGCUCUCAUGGAGGAGCUUUCCAAGCGUGAGGGCGGGCCGCCGGAGCUCCGCAUCACCGGCAUCGGCCCAAACCCGACGAGUGGCCGCGACGAGCUCCAUGAGGUGGGCGUUCGCCUCGCCGAGUUUGCGCGCUACAUGAAGAUUCCCUUCACCUUCCAGGGAGUCUGUGCCGACCAUCUGGAUCAUCUGACCGCCUGGAUUCACCUCAAACUCCGACCAGAUGAGGCGUUAGCCAUGAACUCCAUCCUGCAGCUCCACCGCCUCCUCGUCGACCCGGACGCUGACGAGUCGACCAUGCCAGCGCCGAUAGACAUCCUCCUCAAGCUGGUCGUGAAGCUGAAGCCCAAGAUCUUCACGGUGGUGGAGCAGGAAGCGGAUCACAAUAAGCCACGGCUAUUGGAGAGGUUCACCAACGCCCUCUUCCACUAUGCCACCAUGUUCGACUCCCUGGAGGCCGUGUGCUCGGCCGUCAAUGUUAGCGCCGCCGCCGCCAGAAGCAGCACCAACACCAGCACCACCAGCUCGCUCGCGGAGGCGUACCUCCGGGGCGAGAUCUUCGACAUCAUCUGCGGUGAGGGCAACGCCCGCCUUGAGCGCCAUGAGCUGUGUACCGCCUGGAAUGAGAGGCUCACCCGUGCGGGGUUCACCCAGGUGGAGUUCAACCUCAGCGAGGCCAACAUGGAGAUAACUGAACUGAUCAACGAGUCUUCCUUCUCCGGCGCCGGGUUCGACAUCCUGCAGGGUUCCGGCGGCCUCGCGUUGGCAUGGCAAGGCCGCCCGCUGUAUGUGGCGACGGCUUGGCAUGCGAUGGGCGGAGGAAACGCUGCCAGUGCUGCCAUAGCUCACACCAAAGAGGGAGACAGCUACCAGAAAGGUAAGAACAGUAGCGGCAGUGGCGGCGGCAAGGGCAACCGCGGCCGCUGUGGAGUAGCCGGAGGAAUAACCUUUCUGUAAGCCAGUAGUAGUAGUAGCAAGAGGGUGAUGAGUCGAGAACUCGAGAUUCGAGAAUAAUGUAAUAUGAAUAAUGUUGUGGUAAUCUGGUUUCAGUCGCGUGAACUUGCGAUGAAUAAUUGUUCUGUCUAAAGAUCCUGAUCGUGAGA